AUGAACGGCUCCAUGGCGAGUGCCUGCGCCACCUCCAGCCGUCUCGUCCCGGCGCCCUCUGCAUGCCCACCGUCCAAGAAGACCGCCGCCGCCAGGUUCUGGCGGCGGCGCACGGUGUCGUGCAGGGCCACCGGCGGCGGCGGCAGCGGCCGGGGCGACAAUGACGGCCUCCUGUGGCUGCCCCGGCGUGACGUGAUGCUCAGCGGCCUGAGCGGUGUGGCCGCCGGGCUCGCCUGGUACCCGGGCCUCGCGUCCGGCGCGGAUUCGUCGUCUUCGCCGUGCACGACGGCGGACAAGGUGAACGAGAAGAUCUUGCAGUGCACGGACACGAGCAACCAGAAGCCCUGCCCUCUGGUGUCGCCGACGGCCCCCGUGGACUUCACGCCGGAAGGCAAGGUGACGCGCGUCCGGCAGCCGGUGCAUCUCCUGAGCCGGGAAUACCAGGACAAGUACAAGGAGGCCGUCGGGAAGAUGAAGGCGCUGCCGGAGUCGAACCCGCUGAGCUUCAAGGCGCAGGCGGCCAUCCACCAGGCCUACUGCGACAGCUACUACAAGUACCACAAGUCGUCCGGCUCGGCGGUGGCGAAGGACGACCCGGCGUUCGACGUGCACUUCUCGUGGAUCUUCGCGCCGUGGCACCGCAUGUACAUCUACUUCUACGAGCGCGCCCUCGGGCAGCUCAUCGGCGACGACACCUUCGCGCUGCCGUUCUGGAGCUGGGACUCCCCCGCCGGCAUGGUGGUGCCGGCUCUUUUCAAGGGCUCCUUUGUCAACCCGCUGUACGACCCCAACCGGAACACGAAGAACCUCGACGCGCUGGUCGACCUAGACUACCUCAGCCACAUGAAGGCGGAUCCCAUCGAUUUCAAGGGCCCAAAGGACGAAAAAUACAAGGAACUUGUUAACAAGAACCUGUGCACCAUAUACAACCAGCAAGUACGUAAGGGCCCGGAGUCGUUCCUGGGCGAGAAGUACUGCACCGCCAUCGAGGGAAACAGCGGGGGUUCGCUGGAGCGGAUGGCGCACACCGCCAUGCACGUCUGGGUCGGCAAGCCUGAGACGACGCCUUGCGACGCCGCCGCCGGCGGCGUGCUGAGCCACAAGGACGGCAAGUUCAACUGCCGCAACGACAUGGGGUUCCUGGGGUCGGCGGGGAACGACCCGCUCUUCUACUCGCACCACUCCAACGUGGACCGCAUGUGGCACCUCUGGUCCACCAGGCUCGGCGGCGGGCAGGGCAUCACGGACACGGACUGGCUCGACGCCAGCUUCGUCUUCUACGACGACGUCAAGAGCCCGCGGAAGGUGCGCAUCAAGUUCCGCGACGUCCUGGACACGCGCAACCUCGGCUACACGUACGACGCCGAGGCCGACAGGGACCUGCCGUGGCUGCGGCCCAAGAUCACGACGCUGGUGCCCCACGGCAAGGACAGCGGCGCACCGGCGAGGUCGUCGGCGGCGGCGCCGGUGUUCCCGCUCGCCCUGACCAAGGGCCAGGUCGUGGAGGUGCCGGCCGUGGCUGUGCCGGCCAGGGAGGCGGGGAAGGAGCAGCUGCUGGUGAUCGACGGCAUCGAGUUCGACCCGCAGGCGAACAACAAGUUCGACGUCGCCAUCAACCUGCCCGCGGACAAGGCGCUGCAGGUGGGGCCGCAGUACAAGGAGUACGCCGGGAGCUUCGCCGUCGUGCCGGGCUCCGGCGGCGGCGAGACCGUGAAGGGGAAGGUCUCCCUCUGCAUCACCGACGUGCUGUACGACCUCGACGCUGAGGACGAUAGCACCGUCGACGUCGUUAUCGUGCCGCGCACCGAUGCAAAGGUGACGCUCAACGUUCGCCCCACCAUCAAGAAUCGCAAGUAG